AUUAUUUCAGUUUACGACUGGUUUUGUAUAGAUUCAUUCAGCACGUCGAGUGGUUUCGAAAAUGCGGCGUAUAGUACUGGUGCUAUUGCUUUUUUUGGGCUUGAAUAUUGAGAUUCGCUGCGAUGCAAGCGAAUAUCCCAUAGUGACGACCGCUUUAGGUAGAAUUAAAGGUAGCACGGUGAAGUCCAGGUUAGGAAAAACCAUUUAUUCUUUCAGAGGUAUUCGGUAUGCGAAGCCUCCAGUUGAAAAUUUGAGAUUUAUGCCUCCGCAACCAGUUGACAAGUGGGAAGGAGUAUAUGAUGCCACUAAGGAUGGUUCACUAUGCUUGCAACCUCGUAUGUUUGGAAACUCUUCCGAGGACUGUCUCAUAUUGAAUAUUUAUACAACAAAGCUUCCAACAUCAGAGAAUGCUUGUAAACGACCUGUGAUUGUACAUAUUCAUGCUGGCGGUUACUUCAUUGGUGGAUCCAUCAGCACCCAAAUGGGUCCGAAUUAUUUUUUGGAUCAGGAUAUUGUUCUAGUAACUUUCAACUACAGACUGGCUUCAAUGGGCUUUUUGAGUACCGGAGAUGAACAUGCUCCAGGAAAUAAUGGUUUAAGAGAUCAAGUCGAGUUACUUAAAUGGGUUAAACAUAAUAUUGAGCCGUUUUGCGGUGAUCCAAAUUCUGUCACCCUUCUAGGGUACAGUGUGGGAGGUUGGAGUGCACUCCUACACAUGGUAUCUUCUUUGUCUCAAGGAUUGUUCCACAAGGCAGUCUCAAUGAGUGGUUCCCCGAUUGGGAUUUGGCCAAUUAAAACGAAUCUCCUAGAAGCAGCAAAGAAACAGGCCCGUUUAGUUGGAUGUCCAGAUGAUACUUCAGAGAAAAUAGUAAAAUGUCUAAAAAAGGUUCCAGCUGAACAAUUAGCUGAAUCUUUGCUAGGAUUCUUGGAAUUUGGUACCAAUCCCAUGAUGAUUUGGGGACCUGUGAUCGAGGGAGAUUUUGGACAACAGAAAUUUUUGACUGAGCAUCCCAUUCGCCUCAUUACAAAAGGAAAUUUCAUGAAAGUGCCCUAUAUUGUAGGUCAAACUAAAGAUGAAGUAGGCUUCAAAGCAUUUGGAUUGUUCCACAAGGCAGUCUCAAUGAGUGGUUCCCCGAUUGGGAUUUGGCCAAUUAAAACGAAUCUCCUAGAAGCAGCAAAGAAACAGGCCCGUUUAGUUGGAUGUCCAGAUGAUACUUCAGAGAAAAUAGUAAAAUGUCUAAAAAAGGUUCCAGCUGAACAAUUAGCUGAAUCUUUGCUAGGAUUCUUGGAAAGAAAGGUUGUGACUGUCAACCUAUUCAUCUUUAUACAAAAAGAAAUGGAUAGGCUUCAAAGCAUUGGAGUAGUAGUAAGUACUUUUUAG